CGUCGCUUGCUUCACACACUUGUCGUUUCUGCCAGGCGCUGAUGAGAGUGGGAACUUUAACAAUCACUUCUCUUUUGCAAGAAGAUCAUUUUAUCGUCGAUGAGAUUUAACCGAAUUAAUGCCAGGGUGGUUUGACAGUAAAUAUAGUUAGCGCACAACUUUAGACGGCUGUUUUAACUUCUUAAUGAGAUGUUUUUGAUGUGGCGUCAGAUAGUUUUGUUGUUGUAGGGGGGCGAGGUUUGUUUCAGCUCCAACAUAAACAUCUGAAAAUGUUGACAAGACUCAACACGAACUGCUGAGGAAUCACAGCCAGAUAUUGUUUAUUGGGCUCCAGGAAUGAAAUAUUCUGUGAUUGGCACUACCUAUCGUCUGAGAUGACCUGACCUAAUGUUCAAAAAAAAAAUGGCAGGAAUAGCAUGGUAUCAGAAAAAGAUUGGAGCCUAUGAUCAGCAGAUUUGGGAAAAGUCACUGGAACAGACUGAGCUCAAGGGCUUUGGAAGCAAACCUAAGAAGACUGGCCAUAUCAAGCCAGACCUCAUUGAUGUUGACCUAGUGAGAGGUUCUACAUUUAGCAAGGCCAAACCAGAGAGCCCUUGGACCGCUCUGACUCGUAAAGGCUUGGUCAGGGUCCUCUUCUUUCCUUUCUUCUUUCAGUGGUGGAUCCAAGUUACAUCUAAAAGCAUUUCCACCCUCAUAUUAGUUCUGUACUUUCUUCAAGUGGCAGGAGCUGUAUUGUAUUUUGAGGUACCGGCAGCCUGUGCCAGUGAGGUUGUGGGUCCAUUGUGUCUCAUACUGUUGUUGGGUACAGUACACUGCCAAAUAGUAUCCACAGAAUCCUCCAAAAGCCCGGACAACAGCCCUGUCCCCAGUCGGACGGCCAGCCCUGUUCGCAGGAAAAGACAGAGGAAGAGUAGAAAAUCAAAGAGGUCUGAGGAUGAGAGCAGCAGAGGGGGAGGGAUAGUAGAACUCAAACUUGAAGACAACCACCGACUCUACAGAUCAGAGAAGAGACUGAACUCCCCGAGGAGGCCUCCAUAUGGGGCUUCUGAAGAUCUCUCCAGUGAGGAAGAAGCAGAUGAAGCAGAGCUGCAAAGAGAGAGACUCUUCUCAUCAGCACCUCCCAAAUAUGCCCGAGCGCUCAGGAAUAGACUUCACAACGUCCCCAAGAACAAUCUGCCACCCCAAACUCAUGGAGAGAAUAACGGCAAGCCAACAGAUGCUCCAGUGCUUCCACGUGAAGUCAAGCUUCUGCGGCCCUCAGAGGGCUCACGUCUAGCCUCUGACACAGAUGAUAUGUUAUGGGAGGAGCUUCUACAUGAUCCUGACUCCGCCUCCACAGGAAGCAGUGAAAGUGGAGAGGAGGAGCCUCACAGUCCUAACCUCUCCCUCCCUCUGCCUAACAUCACUCUGACUAGUGAUGAGGAUGAAGCCUUACCGCAGCACCAGUUUUCAUGGCUGCAGGCUUGUCACCCCUCCAAAGACCGUGUCAGUGCCAUUAUCUGGGAGCAGGGAGAGUGUAAGAAAGCUGACAUGUCUGUGCUGGAGAUCAGUGGUAUCAUUCUCACACGAGUGAAGGUGGUUGAACAAGGGAUGGGUUAUCUGCUCUUCGGCAGUCUGGUCACCGCCUCACUGGCUCUGCUGCCCUACUGCUUCAGACUGGCACAGAAACUGGAUGUUGGCAAUCUCAAUUCUGUUUCCCUUGAGGAACUGCCCGCAGUGGUCAUCGGGCCGCCUUGUGGCUUGUCCUAUGCGUUCUUCAUCAUCACCACAGCGGAAAGAGUUUUCCUCUCUGGACUCUUCUUCUUCAUGAUGUGUGUGGCUGAGAGGACGUAUAAACAGCGCCUUUUAUUUGCGAAACUCUUCAGCCAUAUCACGUCCGCACGCAAAGCCAAAAAAUCUGAGAUUCCUCACUUUCGGCUGAAGAAAGUGCAAAAUAUCAAGAUGUGGCUUUCACUUCGAUCAUUCCUGAAGAGACGAGGCCCUCAGCGAUCCGUCGAUGUCAUUGUAUCAUCGAUUUUCCUCCUGGCUUUGUCUAUUUCCUUCAUCAUCUGUGCCCAGCUUUUGCACAGUCAUCACACAUUUCUGGACUCGGAGACCAACUGGGAGCUGAUGGUCUGGUGUGCUGCUCUAAUGGUUUUCCUCCUACGCCUCGCUACCCUCGGAGCUGAGACCAACCGAAAGUACAGCAACGCUUCUGUGCUUCUGACUGAACAAAUAAACUUGUAUCUUAAGAUGGAGAAGAAACCCAACAAAAAGGAUCAGCUGAACAUAGUGAACAAUGUGCUGAGGCUGGCCACAAAAUUACUGAAAGAAUUGGACACUCCAUUUCGUCUGCUGGGUCUGACGGUGAACCCUCUGAUCUACAAUAUCACGAGAGUGGUCAUCCUGUCAGCCCUCUCAGCUGCCGUCAGCGAUUUACUAGGGUUCAACAUCCGGCUCUGGAAGAUCAAACCUUGAUGUGAUGCUUUUACAUUGCCAGCGUCUUAACACUGAGGCCAGAGAGACUCUUAAAUGUGCUUGUGCACAACCUACCAGAUGACCCAAGUUAUCUUUUAAAAACUGUGCGAAUCUACUGACCAAACUAAUACAUGACUUUUCUUCCAUACCCUGUGCCUUCGGCCAGUCCAAGCAAACCUGUGUUCAGCUCAGCUUUUUUUUUGUUGAGCUCGUAUUUGAAUUGUAGAACCAUAAAGCACACUUGCUUUCUUGAUGCACUUGCUUACUGUAACUACUUAACAGCUUGCUGUUAUAUUCCAAUUAGUGACCGCUGUUUCCCAUAAAUGUAUCCUCUGGAAGCGUAUUAUCUGGUCUGGAAGCAACCACUUAAAACAGAACCACUAUGUGCCUUGUGAAAUGCAUAUAACAGUACUUUUUUAAAUAAGCUAUUUAUGAGACAUGGAUUUGUCAACCGCUGAAUGGGUAAUGAAAUGAAAGUUUUGAGCUUUUAGUAAAGGGUACUGAAAAACUUGCACACUGAAUCUCUUGGAGGGAGCACCUUUUACUGGCAUUGUAUUAAAAUAAACACAACUUUCUCUAAGAAACUUCCUCAAUUAAUCCUUAACAAAAUAUUUGAGUUUAGGGUGGGAGGAGUUUUCACAUAUAAAAUUUUAACAGCAGUGAAGUAUUGUGAAUGCACUAUUACUGACGACUCAAAAAUCUUAUUUUUAGUUUUAAUUUAUCAUAAUUAGAAAAGUGAGGGUUCUGUGAUUUUACUGCUAUACUUUUAUACAGCAAUCACUGGAUAGUUCGUGAACGAAUCAUAAAAGCAAAUAAGAAAUAUGCUACAAGAAAUUUGAGUGUGUAAAAAUGACAUAUGGACGUUAUUAAAACUUCGUAUUUA